AUGCAGUUCUCCGUCGUCGUCCUCUCUCUGUUCGCCGUCGCGACCCAGGCCGCCCCCGCGGAGCUGUUCAAGCGCGCCACCACCUGCGGCAGCACUUCCUACACCACCGCCCAGGUCAACGCCGCCUCCAACGCCGCUUGCAACCACGUCAAGGCCGGCACCGUCGCCGGAUCUUCCACCUACCCCCACCGCUACAACAACUACGAGGGCUUCAACUUUGAUGUCAGCGGCCCGUGGUACGAGUUCCCCAUCAAGACCAGCGGCGUCUACACCGGAGGCUCUCCUGGCGCCGACCGCGUCGUCAUCAACGCCAGCUGCGGCCAGGCUGGUCAGAUCACCCACACCGGUGCCAGCGGCAACAACUUUGUCGGCUGCUCUGGUACCAACUAA